CUUGUGAACGUUCUUCUAUCAUGCGUUCUUACUCGCACAGAAUCAUGCCCAGUAACUGUAUCCUCCGCAGCUUCACAAAUGUCCACCAAGUCCACCAAACAUCCUAAGCUCUUCCCUCUCUUCACAGCACCUGCCCUAAAGUUCAAAUUCGCCAUCCGUUUCAAUCUCGCACAUUCUUCGAAACAGAAAUCGCCUUCAAGGACAUAUCCGCCCAAGCCGGAUCUGCCAACGCAAACACCAGAAUUGACCCCUGGGACUGUGCUCGGCCGUGGGUUGGAGUACACGUUGGUACGACCCCUGGGCGAUGGCGGGUUCUCGACGGUCUGGUUGGCACAGACAGAUAAAGAGGACGACGUAGACGACGGCGCAUCUUUCCAUACCGCCUUGACAUAUCUCUCUCCGUCACCAUCAAACCUCGUCGCCAUCAAAGUCCUCACAACAGCAGGCGAACGGACUCGCGAACUGUCGAAGCAUUUGCGGCUGGAUCACCCGCCAGACCAGCUCGUCAAGUUGCUCGACCAUUUUACCUUUUCCAAGCGGAGCGAACGGCCAUCUACAGCGGAGCAGAAGGGAAAACGAAGCAGACGACUCUCCCUUCCCCCUGCGUUCCCUGUUCGCCAUAGCUUACCCUUACCUGCCCCAUUUCCGUCAACAUGUCUUGUACUUUCUCUUCACGGACCAACCAUCACUGAUCUCAAACGCCAUCUUUCUAGUCGCUGGCUACCCAUGCCUGUAGUAAGACGUAUCGCAAAUGACGUCUUGGCCGCACUCAGUUUCCUUCACUCCCAGCGUCUCGUUCACGCUGACGUCCAGCCACGGAAUAUCCUCCUGUCCCUACCUGAUGCCCUCUCUCUCGACCAAUCGGAGUGGAGAUUCGUUCUAGCAGACCUAGGCCACGCCGUCCAGCUUCCUCACAAACGCCACCCUUCGUCAAACGUUCAGCCGCAUGCCCUUCGCGCACCCGAGGUUAUAUUGGGUUUGACUUGGGACGAGAAGAUCGAUCUCUGGAGUUUAGGUUGCCUGCUGUACGAGUUCGCCACGGGUGGCCCGCUCUUUGACCCAUUCUUCCAACCCACGCCGGAUUAUGAGGCUAUGACCCCCGCUCAGAUUCACCUGCUGCAGAUUAUCGAGCAAGUUGGGGAAGUACCCCAAUCGAUGAGGGAUCCUGGCACCAGGGGACGGGUUCAAGAGUUCUAUGACACAGAUGGAACCUUCAGAUGUCCCUUCCCGCUCCAAAUGACUUCUCUCGAAGCGAUCGCCAAGGGCGUGUGGAAGACCCCAUCGUCUGCUACCCGCUUAAGCAGUAGCGAAGCCAGGAACCCUGAACGCGAGCAUUUCUGUGCGUUCUUGCGCACGAUUGUGUGCGUCGACCCACAAAAUCGGUUGAGUGCAAGAGAGGCGCGCUUAGAGAGUUGGGUUACGACGUCAUGACCCAGACCUACAUAUAUUGCCUUGUUUCAUACCAUCUUAUUUCGGUCCUAUCGAUUCCACUCUUUCCUUACUGGGUUACUUAGAUCACUUUUCUGGUAGAUGUCAACUGUAGUCUUGUAUUAACUAUAAUGGGGUUUCCGUACACGCUCAGUCUGUAAAUAUACCAAAGAUGCUCUGAUUGAAGAGAUGACAACUUGAUUC